GUUUGCAAUUCAGAAAAUACAAAGGAAGUGGGCGAGCGGGUAUAAAGAAUCUAACAUCUCCGUGUCUUGGGUUUAAAAAACGGUUAAACAAUCAGACAUCUUUGUCUUUUCUUCGAUAAAAAGGCGACAAUAACGUUAUUUUGUGAAAAAAAAAACUCGUAAACGAUUUAACUCAUUGGAGAUGUUGGCACAGCAAUACGCUCGUUUUACACGCGGCAAGCCUUUGUCUGCUACACUGGCACCUGAGGUCUCUGUACACACCUGAAAUGUGGCAGCUUGACCAGGUGCGUGAAGUCCCAUUAGUACCCCGAUGUUCUCCCUGUCGGAGGUCGAAGAACCACCGUAGGUCGCGGCUCCUGAUGGAAGACAGCAGCCCACAUUGGAAGCUUCUGCAGAGCCUAGCAAGGCAGAAUACACACCCCUCUUUGUGUAGUGAAUUUAAAGUGGACAUCACUUCAGGUCUCUCUUACCAUCCUGAAGCGCCUUGCAGACUUUCUACAGAAUUAUUUCUGCUGAGCACCUGUAAAUGCUAUAUAUAUAUUUUCUUAUUUCACUCAAGAGCUGUUACAUGUUAUACAAGUUGCUGUGGUUCAGUGUGGUGCACAGGUUUCCUUUGUCAGCUUUCUUUCUUUCUGUUGAUGAUUUCCUCCUGGUGCUGAGCAAAGACGAGCUGUGUGAUUGCUUUAUGUGAAGGUCAGUGUGACAGAUCCCCCCUGUCUUUCCAUCAAAUGUAAAUACCAAAAUGUGUGGAACAGUGUGUGUACACACAGUGUACACACUGCUGUAGCCUUAUUAGUUGUCAGAUUAAUUUUAUUUAUAUAGCCCAAUAUAACAAAUUUGCCUCAUAGGGCUUUUGAAUCUGUACCAUCUGCACCCUCUGUUCUUAGACCCUCAAACCGGUGAGGAAAAACCUUUAACAGUGAAAAGAAAUAGAAGAAAUCUCAGGGACAGAAGCGGGAUCCCUCUCCCAGGAUGGACAGGCAUGGACUAGAUGUCAUGUACACAGAAUAGAUCACAUGUUAGAUUUACAGUACGAUCAGAAUGACAGAGAUUGUAAACACAUGAAGAAUAUGAUCCUGGAGGACAUCAAUUAACAGGUGCCACUAAAAAGGAAAUGUGUGCUGUUGUCGGUGAGCAUUGUACCAGCUGACUGAGGUGACCGUUGGAGUGCCAAACUGAGACUUUGUAGGGGAUGGAGAGGCUUAGUCAAUUAAAUCCAGAGGACUGCAGCCUGACAACACAGCAGGGAGAGGAGCAGGCGCACAGUACAGCACACCAAGGCGUUUAAAAUGGCCUCAAUCCUGCAGAAGCUAAUCACUCCGCUGUUCAGUGGUCCUCCUGAGCCCCCCAGAAAUAAAGUGACAGUGGUGGGCGUGGGCCAGGUUGGCAUGGCCUGUGCUGUCAGCAUCUUGCUCAGGGAGCUGGCCGAUGAGCUGGCCAUGGUGGACGUGAUGGAGGACAAGCUAAAAGGAGAGAUGAUGGACCUGCAGCACGGCAGCCUCUUCCUCAAAACCCCAAAAAUAGUUGCAGACAAAGAUUACUCUGUGACUGCAAACUCCCGCAUUGUGGUGGUGACAGCUGGAGUCCGUCAGCAGGAGGGGGAGAGCAGGCUGAACCUCGUCCAGAGAAACGUCAACAUCUUUAAGCACAUCGUACCCCAGAUCGUCAGAUACAGCCCAGACUGCAUCAUCAUUGUGGUUUCCAACCCAGUGGAUGUUCUGACUUAUGUGACCUGGAAACUGAGUGGCCUUCCCAAGCACCGCGUCAUCGGCAGCGGCACCAACUUGGACUCAGCCCGCUUCCGCUUCCUGAUGGCCGACAAACUGGGAAUCCACCCCAGCAGCUUCAACGGAUGGAUCCUGGGAGAACAUGGAGACACCAGUGUGCCUGUGUGGAGUGGAACGAACGUAGCUGGAGUCAACCUACAGACAUUAAACCCGGAAAUCGGCACCGACAGUGACGAUGAGAACUGGAAGGAGACCCACAAGAUGGUGGUGGACAGUGCUUAUGAGGUGAUCCGACUGAAGGGUUACACCAACUGGGCCAUUGGUCUGAGUGUAGCUGACCUGACAGAGAGCCUCAUGAGGAACAUGAACAGGAUUCAUCCAGUUUCAACCAUGGUGAAGGGCAUGUAUGGAAUCAUUGAUGAAGUUUAUCUCAGUCUGCCCUGCGUGCUGAACAGCGGGGGCGUGGCCAGCGUGGUCAACAUGACCCUGACAGAUGACGAGGUGGCCCAACUGCAGGCCAGUGCCAACACACUGUGGGACAUCCAGAAGGACCUGCAGGACAUCUAACUGACCAGUAGGGGGCGGCAUAGCUGCACCUUCCUGACUGCUCAUCGCCUACUAAUACACUGCAGUCGCUAACACCAGACAGCUCCUCCUUCCACACCUUCAAGCCACUGCCCUCUGUAGAGUCACAGGCGUGUGUACGGAGAUCUAAUCCCGACAGAUUUAGCUGUAGAUGUCAGAGUUUGUUCACUUCUCGCUGGAGACCAAAUGUGACAUUAUCUGGGUGAAAUGUUGCUCUGACUCAUUUGUCCUCGACUGUGUUGUUGCAGUGUGGGACCAUGUGUCACUCAUGUUGCUUUGACGUGUAAUAAAGCCAGUUUGUUGAUGCUUGAACAAGAUGCGCACUUGUUCAGUUAUUCAGUGGUGAAGUUAAAAUCUACUGUGAAAUAGAAUUAAUACAUUCACUCACUGAGCGUUUGAUCAGGAACACCAUACUAACACUGGGUAGUUCCUCCCAACC